UGAAAAGAUGGAAGAUGGUGAUUUUCCCUGGAUGGCUGCGCUGGGCUAUCUCGUUAGAAACAGACUAGUUUACAGAUGUAGCGGUACCAUUAUUUCGGACCAAUUCGUACUCACUUCAGCAUAUUGCACAAGAAUGGGUGUACUAAGAAAGGUUCGACUGGGAAAGACUUCUUUAGCCGAUUCCAAACAUUACACAGUAACUCCAGUCAUGCGUGAUAUACAGAAUAUCACCAUUCAUUCCGGUUAUGAUCGUUUAACCAUGUCUAAUGACAUUGCUUUGAUUCGCGUUGUUGAUAAAAUUCCAUUUAAUAAUUUUGUUUGGCCAGCAUGUUUACAUACAAAUUUAGAUGAGGUACCAUCAAAUGUGCCGCUUACUGUUACCGGUUGGGAUUUUCAAAAUCCGAGAAGAUCAUCGACUUCAUCACAAAUGUAUAAAGUAAAUUUGACAUCAAUGCCACUACAGGAAUGCAAAUCAAAAGUGGUGACGAGAGGUCGUGCGCAAUACCGAAAUGGCCUUUUUGAAGAGCAGUAUUGUGCCUUUGGUGGUGGAAGUAGAGGUUCCUGUCGAGUUUACAGUGGAGGCCCUUUGCAAUAUCUCAAAACCAAUACAAGCACAAUAGUUGGUAUUGUACCCAUCAGUGAUAGAUGUGGAUUGAAUAUACCAAACAUUUACACGAGAGUCGCAUACUAUGUGGAUUGGAUUGAAUCAAUCGUUUGGAGUGAUUUGAAAAACUCAAAAUGA